AACUGCUCUUUUACUGGUAAUAAUAGGAUGACGAGGCAGCAUUACUAGAGCAGGCUAUUGCAAUGUCAAUGGAUGAUGCUAAACCUGAUCCCUCAGUGGACCCAGAUAUGUUGGAGGCAACUAAAGAGGAUCAAGAUUUGGCUUUUGCUCUUCAAAUGUCUGUUCAAGACAAUGCAAAAGAUUCAGCAAAUCAGACAGAGAUGAGGGAAGUGUUGGGAGACCAGUCAUUUCUGUCAUCUAUACUUGGCUCGCUUCCAGGAGUUGACCCAAAUGACCCUUCUGUGAAAGAUUUACUUGCAUCUCUGCAGGGGCAAUCAGAGCAAAAGGAGGAUGAAGAUAAGCCACCCAAGUGAAGAUAAAAGGUGAUGGUAAUUCUAUGAGGUAAGAGAGCUCAUGAUUGUGGUUACUAUCAAGCAUUGAUAGUUCAUGUGUCUGUGUGGGAUGUGGAUGGAUGGAUUGUUUCUUAUAAACUAAAGAAUGGACAGGUUUAGCCUAAUGAGAACCCAUUUCAGAACUGCGUUCAUUGUUUCCAUAGUCUCAAAAAUAAACUUCAUCCUCUUAUGUGGUCUUGUUUUAUGUAUAACAUACUUUUGAGUCAUAUAAGCCGUCUUUUCAUGCAA